UUAUCCUGAGCUGAGGCCCGGUGCUAGCUCAUUCCACAGUGCACGCUGAACUGUGUGGCCGGGAACAACUCCUCCACGUCUAUCUCAGCGGAUACUAGGAACACGUCUCUGAUCCCCCCCUUUCUUCUCCCCAUCAUCUGUAAGAUCUGUAACAUUUGUCUGUCACACUCCCACAGUAGCCUCAGUGUUGGGACAACUUCCGGGUAAAGAUGGCGAGCUCUUUCACACGCAUGAUGUCUGGCCGGAACACGGCCGUGGUAUUGGCCAGCAUUGGAGCAUCCACGCUGGCCUCUGGCUACCUGAUGACCGACUCCGGUGUCACUGCACAGGAGAGGAUGAAGAUGUACCCUCCCAGUGCUGACUUUCCAGACCUGCGCAAACACAACAACUGCAUGGCUGCUGCUCUGACCCCUGGGAUUUAUGGACGCUUGAGGGACAAGAUGACCCCAAACAACUGGACACUGGAUCAGUGCAUCCAGACUGGGGUGGACAACCCUGGGCAUCCCUUCAUCAAGACUGUGGGCAUGGUCGCUGGAGACGAGGAGAGCUAUGAGGUAUUUGCUGAGCUGUUUGAUCCAGUCAUCAAGGACAGACACAAUGGCUAUGACCCCCGGACAAUGAAGCACCCCACUGACCUGGAUGCUUCAAAGAUCACUAACGGCACGUUCGAUGACCGCUACGUCCUCUCCUCCCGCGUGCGCACUGGCCGCAGCAUCCGUGGCCUGAGCCUGCCUCCUGCGUGCUCCCGCUCUGAGCGCCGCGAGGUGGAGCGUGUGACCGUCAUGGCACUUGCCGGCCUCAAGGGUGACCUGGCUGGACGCUACUACAGCCUGUCUUCUAUGACUGAACAGGAGCAGCAGCGGCUCAUCGAUGAGCACUUCCUGUUUGAUAAGCCAGUGUCUCCUCUGCUCACUUCAGCUGGGAUGGCCAGAGACUGGCCUGAUGCUCGGGGCAUUUGGCACAACAAUGAGAAGACAUUCUUGAUCUGGGUCAAUGAAGAGGACCACACCCGUGUCAUUUCCAUGGAGAAGGGUGGCAACAUGAAGAGGGUGUUUGAGAGGUUCUGCAAAGGCCUCAAAGAGGUGGAGAGGCUGAUUCAGGAGAGAGGCUGGGAAUUCAUGUGGAACGAGCGCCUUGGCUACAUCCUGACCUGCCCGUCCAACUUGGGCACUGGACUCAGAGCCGGAGUGCAUGUCCGCCUGCCCAACCUCAGCAAGGACUCACGCUUCUCCAAAAUCCUGGAUAACCUGCGACUACAGAAGAGAGGCACAGGUGGUGUGGACACCGCCGCCACCGGUGACACUUUUGACAUUUCUAACCUUGACCGUCUGGGCAAGUCUGAGGUGGAGCUUGUUCAGCUGGUCGUUGAUGGCGUCAACUACCUGAUUGAGUGCGAGAAGAGAUUGGAGAGAGGUCAGGACAUCAAGGUGCCCGCCCCGCUCGUCCAGUUCAGGAGAUGAGUAGAGCGUGUAAAUCUCUGAGCUGUGAGGCUACAGGACAGGUCCUCCUCCGCUCACUGCAAUACUAAAGGUCUUACUUGAACUAUAGACUCAUUAAACUAUUCUAAUAAAAAUAAAA